CAGUGGAAUGUUUCCAUUUUCAAUACAUUAACAAAUAUGUGUUGCGACUCCUCUUGCAUCCUCUUUCUCCAAAGGAAGAGUAAAGUCUGGUCACGACCCUUCAGCCUUCCCGUUACAGGCAGAGUACGUGAGAAGGUGAUGGGGGUUUCCGGUGGCACCAGGCACCCUACAGGUGUGUGCCAAGUUUCAGCAGUGGGAUAAAGCAGAAAAUGAGCAAAUGCAGGAAUAAAAGUAUUUUAAUAGAUUUUUGUCCUCUGAUAGCAGAUGAACAAGCAGUAUUGUAUGGAGUAUUCAAUUUUCAGCUUUUCUUUCCAGAAACAUUUUUAGAAGUUUGACAUUCAGGUAUUUUCUUUUCCACAACUGCUAUUUUUUAGCAUAUGACAAAAAAGUAUUUAUGUACGACCCGCUGGAGGCACCAAGCACCGAGCCGGCCGGGCCCACGGCCGCCCCGCCCGCCCUUGUUGCCAGGGCAGCGGCGGCGGGGAGCGGCGAGGCCGCCGCCAUGAGCAGGAAGAGGCUGCAGCAGCUGGUGGACUCGCUGGGCCGAUCCGCCAAGCACUUUAAUAAAAACGAGGUGGAAUGUCUGAUCAAGGUCUUCGACGCCCUGGUGGCCAAGUCCAGCAACCGCUUUGCUGCCGUCGGCUUUGACCGUAACUCGUUCAGAGACACUCUGCACAGCGCGUUUGGCAUGACGGAUGACAUGAUCAUGGACAGAGUGUUUCGCACUUUUGAUAGAGACAACGAUAGCUGCAUCAGUGUGGUGGAAUGGGUGGAAGGCUUAUCAGUAUUUCUUCGGGGGACACUGGAAGAAAAAAUUAAAUACUGUUUUGAGGUUUACGACCUGAAUGGUGAUGGAUACAUUUCAAAAGAGGAAAUGUUUCAAAUGCUGAAAAACAGCCUUCUCAAACAACCAUCAGAAGAAGAUCCUGAUGAGGGAAUUAAGGACUUGGUAGACAUAGCACUGAAGAAAAUGGACUAUGAUCAUGAUGGCAAGCUUUCUUUUAUGGACUUUGAAAAAGCAGUCAGAGAUGAAAAUCUUCUCUUGGAAGCCUUUGGACCAUGUUUGCCAGACAUAAAGAGCAGUAUGGCAUUUGAACAGAAAACCUUCCAGGAAACUCGUAAACUGUAACUCCAAGUGGAAUACUGUUGUAAGACUUUUUUUUCCUUCACAGUAUAGUAAAAGUAGAAGCAACUUAAAACUAUGAGUAAGUAUUCCUUUACUGUAAAAGCUACUGAAUAAAUAGAAUUUACUUCUACUACUCUACCUAAAUACAGUUCUUUGAUGAGUUAUAAAAUACGUUCUUUGAUGAGUUAUAAAAUACGUUUUACUAUGAGGUACACAGGACAA